AUGGAGAAUUCGACUUUCGAUACAACAAAUUGCAGCAAUCUCAUUCACGAAUUGCUACAAAAACAGAGGCAAAUUGAGACUGAAUUUGAAAUCGAUACAAAUCCAAUUGAUGCUUAUGGUUUAGAUCUUAGAGGAUCAUUUGUUGGUGUGGUAAGAGAAACUUUUGAAGAAAUUUUGGAAUUGUAUGAAAAACAUGCUGCUAUACUGGGGUUUUCAAUAAGAAAACAUACAACUAGAUUCAAACAACACACAAAAAUAGUAACUGAGAAAAACUAUGUGUGUUCUGCUGAGGGAAAGAGACAUUCAGGUCAGAAGAAAACAAAGUUAGUUGAAAUGGUUGAUGAAGAGGAUCCAAACUUCUUUUUUAGAGUGAAGUUUGACAAAGAAGGAAGAAUUUGCAAUAUCUUUUGGAGAGAUUCAAUGAUGCUAAAAGACUAUAGGAUAUAUGGAGAUGUUCUUGUCUUUGAUACAACAUACAAAACCAACAGAUAUAAUCUUAUAUGUGCUCCAUUUGUUGGCAUAAAUAACCACUGGCAUAAUUGUAUGUUUGCUUGUGCUUUUAUUGGGGAUGAAACGACAGAUUCAUUUGUGUGGUUAUUACAAACCUUCUUCAAAGCUAUGGAGGAUAGAAAACCAACUUCAAUAUUCACUGACCAGGACCAAGCAAUGGCAAAUGCUAUACUGGAGGUGAUUCCUAAUACAAAACAUAGACUUUGUAUAUGGCAUUUGGAGCAAAAUGCCAUAACCAGAUUUGGAGCUCUUAAAAAAGACAAAGAAUUCAAAUUUGCAUUCAACCAGUGCUUAAAGAUGUGUGUGACAGAACAAGAAUUCGAAGCAAAGUGGCAAGCAAUGUUGCAAAAAUAUGAGUUGACAGAACACUCUUGGUACAAAAGAGUGUAUGAGUUGAAAGACAAACGGUGUCCUGCCCUUUGUAGAGAUUUCUUUUCAGCAGGGAUCUUAUCGUCACAAAGGAGUGAAAGCACUAAUCAUGCCAUAGGAUUCAGAUCAAGUAAAGCAACUACUUUGACAGAAUUUUAUACCAUAUUUAAGAAGACAACUAAUCGUUGGAGAAGCACAGAGAAAUAUGAUGAGUUUACCUGUAGCAAGUCAAUAGCAUUCACUUCAUUGCCUCUAUCUGGAAUGCUAAAGCAUGCUGCACAGGUUUUCACUUUAUCACUCUUUAGAAAUUUUGAAGAGGAGUUUGGAUACUCUAUGGCAACAAUUGUUCAGAUGUUAGGCAGUAAUGAAGAAUGCCUACUUUAUCAAGUAACACUAGAAGACAAGCCAUGGUCUGCACAUCAAGUAAACUGUAUACAAGAGAGCCAAACUGUAUGGUGUACGUGCAAAAACUUUGAAGCAUCUGGAUGGUUAUGUUAUCAUUGCAUCAGAAUUCUACAUUUGCAUUCAGUAACAAGAAUACCAGACAAGUAUGUUUCAAAAAGAUGGACUAAGUUUGCAAAAACAGAGGCAUGGGAUAGGUUGAAGAAUCAGGAUCCUAAACAGCAAUAUAUUCCAUGGAGGCAAACAAUGAUGAGGAAAUACUACAAUCUAAUCUUAAAAAGUCAAGAAAAUGAAGAGACAAGAGCAUUUAUGGAAGAAAGCUUCAGAAACAGUCUUAAAAUGGUGGAAGACUUACUUGCUAGUGCUGCUCAGAAAGAAAGUGCAGAAGCUGCUUCUAACAUUCCUGAUGUGGCAGACAACACUCAAAGCAAUACUGACGCUUCUUCAGCAUCAAGUACAAGCACAUGUGUACCAAUAAUUCUUGAUCCUAAAAGGGCUGUAACAAAAGGAAGAAGAAAGAGAGCAAAAGGAGGACUUUAA